AUGUCUCAUGAUCAUGCGGGCCACAUGAUGAUGAACGGGACAAUAGAUCACGCGUCCCAUGGUGUACAUAUGGCUCACAUGGGUAUGGAACAUACGAGCAUGAACCACGAAGGUAUGAACCAUGGAAGCAUGGAUCACGCGAGCAUGAAUCACGGGACCAUGGACCACGGGAGGAUGGAUCACGAUGUCGGGGCUUCGACGAGCGACGCGUGCAGCGACAUGGGCUCGCACGGUAUGUCGAUGACAUUUCACACCGGCUACUGUGAAUCGGUGCUGUUCGAGAACUGGAAGAUUUCGUCGAUCGGCAGUCUCAUCGGCUCGAUGAUCGGUAUUGUGAUCAUGGCCGCGCUCUACGAGGGUUUGAAAUACUACCGGGAGUACUUAUUCUGGAAAACAUACAACGCCCUGCAAUAUAGGAGCGUCACCGUGCCGAGUGAGAAGAACGUGGUAGCCGAAGACAAUCGAGUCGUUCAUAUGGUUGGAGAAGUAAUCCAUAAGCAACCGCCGACUAUGCUGUCCUGGAUGCAUUUAUUCCAAACGUUUCUGCACAUCGUGCAAAUCGUCCUAUCGUACUUCUUGAUGCUAAUCUUCAUGACAUAUAAUGUUUGGUUGUGCUGCGCCGUUGUAGUAGGUGCUGCUAUCGGUUACUUUCUGUUCGGUUGGAAAAAGUCGGUAAUCGUAGAUGUUACGGAACAUUGUCAUUAGCAUUCAAUAAAUUGCUUUAAUUUACUCUUCCUGAACUGUACUCAUGUGAGAGUACAAUUGUACUUUGACGGAAAGCCGUUUAAAUGUAAAAGAAACAUCAAGAUUAAGAGAGCAAUGUAAUGUUCUGCGUAUCAAACAAGAAUAUAGAGAAUUUAUCUUCUCUGAAUUCAUAAUAUAUACAAUAAAUAUAGAAAUAUAGCAGGAUGCAGGAAAAAAAUAUUUAUUUUAGUUUUAUAAUUUAGCUUUGUAUAUUCAUUUUCCUUGUCCUGAAAAAACAAUUUAAGAGAACCUAUUAAAUUAUCUUUAAAUUAUCUUUAAUCAAACAUUUUACAGAAUUAUUAUAUAAGUUCUACACACAAAUGGAAGAGAUUUUAGAAUAAUUAGUAAUUCAUCAUUGUAUCAUGAAAUAAUUUUAUAAGGAAUAACUGGGAGCUUGAAUCUUAGAUAAAUGUGGCAAGUUGUAAAUAUUGUUAAGAUAUUUGUAUAAGAAAUAUGUUGUCAAAUGCAUACACUUUUUCCCAAUUUUAUAUUUUUAUUACCCGUUUUAUUAUACUUUUGGAAGGAUUCCUGCUAGUAUCAAUAAAUUUUUAAUAUUUGGGAAAAAGGAUGUGUGUGUCCACAUUAUCUUAAAUAAUUGUAAAAACAUACCAUUAUAAAAUAAACUGUUACAAGUUGAUACAUAUUGCAUAUAUUACAUAAAGAUUGCAUUAUAAUUUCAUAUAAAAUAUCUCACAAAAUAUUUCAAACGAGAAAAAAAAAUGUAAAGAAAUUUAAAAAAAUAAGGAGUUAUAUAAUUCUUUUCCUCCCUUUUGUCUUCAUGAUAUAAAUUCUUGUCUCACAUAUUAUCGUUAUCAUCUUCCAAUUUUUUUUGUUUCAUAUUUGCGAUACAUUUUUCUGGCAAAUAAAAAAAAUUUUGCCAUAGUUAUGAAAGAGGAAGGAUAAUGUUAAUAUAAUUGAUUAAUGUGUAUAAUUAUAAAAUUAUGACACUCUGUAAACAAGCACAGUAUAGUUUAUUUUUCCUUGCAAAAUCGUGUCUCCUAGAAUUAUAAAAUCUUAAGGCAUACAUACACACAUAUUGUACAUAAGUCACAUGUACAUACGAGAAAUAGCCUUGUUUACUAAGUAUGUAAAAAUUAAAAAAUAACAAUUAAUACGCGCGCGCGUUUUUUUUUCGUAAAUAAUAUAUUUAUAUGUAUCUGUGCAGCAGUAUCUUUAAA